AUGAACCCCAGGACCAGACGUCAAGGGCAGAACGAAGAAUAUCUUCGUCUUUGCAUAGAAAAAUGUUUAAGCGACCAAAAUCGCGGGUUUCUGGACGGCCUGACCUGGCUACUUCGAUCUCCAUAUAUGGGCAUCUCGCCGUCAAUACGCGGAUCUAUAUGCCCCGCCCGAUGGGUGCGUCUCACGGUAUUGCUGGCUCAGCCGUACCUUUGCGUUGACAAGGGUAACAUCUUGAAAUCUUCAGGGCCUAGUUUUUCCCCUUAA